GAUGCGCGUUACUAUGGCAACGGGAACGUGCGGUUUGUGGUCUGUAUUUCUGUAAUGCAAGAAGUUUAUCACCUGUGUCUAUUUUUUCGGUUACAGUGUCAAGUACAAUCUGUAGCGAGGCGUUCGAGCGAAAUAUAAGCUGCUGUUCUUUUCUAGUAGUAGUCUAGAACAACGCAUGUGAUGGCGAGUACAGCGACAGACCAGAAUACAACGUUUCAAAUCCGACCUGAUUUAAAGGACAAAUUCAGGAGCACUGUGGUUCGAGAAAUCAUCCACAGCACACUUGUAGAACAGCUCACUGGGUUUGUGUAUAAUGCUGAGGCUGGAGAGGAGAUGACUAAGCAGAUAGCAGAUUUGCUGAGGAAUAAAUUGCUUGAAUUGAAUCUUCCUCGCUACAAGUUUCUAGUCAAUGUGGUUAUUGGAGAACAGCGAGGGGAGGGAGUCAAAGUGGGUGCCCGUUGCCUUUGGGAUGCUGAUGCUGACAGUUAUGCUUCAGAUGUAUUCUUAGCGGAAACGUUCUUCUGUUCAGCAGCAGUUUUUGCCAUAUACUUCUACUAGCUUUGGAAAUAUUUGUUCCAUGAAGAAAUGUGAUGUGAGAACGUUGGUGCAUGGUUUUGUAUUUUCCAAAGAAGAAAGCUACAAUUUAUAGGAUUCAUUAGUAAAUUCUAGUUUCUAGGGCUGUGAAAUGAAUAGAUUUUCUUUAAUGUCAUUUCAUAUUUAAUAGCUUUGCCAAAACAGACUAUACUGUACUAGAUGCAGGCCUCCAUUUCUUUUAGUAUUUUUAUAUAAUUGAUCUGCUUAACAUGUCUUACAAAGGCAAAAUGUAGAACAUCAACCCCUCUGCAAUCAUAUUUUGGGGUGAGUCCAUAGUCCUACAGGAUUUGUCAUCCAUAUGGAACUGCAUUAGUAGAUAUACUCUUUCUCAAGUGGGUUAUUAAACUUUUUUUUCUUCCAUCUUCUCUUUUGAAUUAGUAAUGUGAAUUUGAUUAGUGUAAACCUGUUAGAUUCAUUUUUUGUCUAGUUUUUAUAUUAAUUUUCAAUACAACUCUUCUUUCUGUUACAUGAUAUGACUGAGAUUGUAAGUUGAUAAGUAUCAUACUGAGAGACUGAAUAUCUGUAGUGUGCCAGUUAGUAAGUAACAUUCUGACUGAAACUGGAUAAUUUGUAAAUAUGUCAGGGAUAUCUAGUCAUGUUUCUGUUUUAUUUUGUUUUUCUCUUUUUGAAGAACAUUUCUGAAAUAUAUAUUGUAUCAGAAUUAUUAGAAAUGCUGUCAUUUUGAAAUCACCUUAGGGCAUUAUGAAUCCAUGUUAUGUAAAGUUUUUCCCCAUUUGUAACUGGUUGGGGUUUGUAGAAUAUAUGCUGUCUGUCCAGUAUAAAUGAGUUGAACAAAUAAGUGCUUGGGAAAAUGGUACAGUAAUCCCUUGAUUCUGUGAGAAUAUUUGUUGAAUCAUUUUCAAUGUUUCUUUCAAAUUUUCUCACCCUCUAAUAAUGUUAAGUAAGGGAGUGCAACAUUUUUUUUUAUACAAUGCUGCAGUAUUCUUUUCAUAACUAAUAAAACAUUCCUCAAGAAUAUUCCUUCCUAUAGUCAUUCUAUAGUAAUUUAUUUAUCUUUUUUUCUCAUUUAAUGGAAAGGUCACUAAAUUAAAAGAUAUCUGUACAUUUGGGAACUUCUAAAAUGGAAAUGGCAGGGUUGAUAAUAUUAUUUAGAACUUCUUUUUUUAAUGGUAUAUUUAGAUAAGUAUGUGUGCCAUUACUGACAUGUCUUUCAAGUGUUACCAAGCAAUAGUUAUAUAGAAUACACUAUAUCUUUAGUUCAGAAUAUUGCACUUUCCUUACCAUCCCUUGGAACAGUCUAUGAUAUAUGCAAACUUUGCUUUACCAUAUUUUUACAAAUGUUUGACUCAAUUUUGAUAUGCAGUUACUUGCAUAUGCAGUGUAUUUUGAUUAAUUACAUGAAUAAAUAUGAUGUACAGAUUUUGGGUCAAUUCAAGUUGAUUCUUUAAUUGGAGAGAUACUGACCCACACAAAUGUAAAUUUUAUGUCAGUCUGGACUUUUCAUUGCUGUUUUUGGUCUGUCAUUUCCCAUUUAAGGUAAUCAUACCCAAGGUCAGUACAUCCUAUAUCUUCAAUACUUAUACAGUGAUAUCUCUUGUUAUUUUUAAAUGUAGUCAAUUUUGCUUCAGUUACUGUUAUCAAGAAAAUAUGUUACUUUUAAUAAAUGUGAAACAUGAUGUAAGGCUUACAUAAUUUUGAAAGCAAUGUCCGUCCUCACACACCAUUUGUUAAUAAUGUAUGAUUAGAGCUCUCUCUAUUUUUAUGCACUUAGCAUUGUGCCUAAGCAAAAUUAGAAUAGCUUUCAGUGAAAGAGUUGCAGUAGUUCAUAGAUUGUCUUCAUUACCAUUACCCUAAUUGCUGUGCCUUGAGCCAUAUAUAUCUGUUGUAAACACACUUUUAUUUACUAUUUUAGGCAUGCACAUUAUUUAUCAUGAAUCAUAUAUAUUAAAACAUUUCUU